ACUCGAUCUAAAAUAGAGUGGGAUUUUAUUGCUUGCAUAUUCUAUAAAUGGCUGGGAAUCAUAUUCAAUGGCAUGUUGGUUGGAAUACAUGUUUUUAAUCCAAACUACAUGCAAUAUUCGACAUCAUAUCUUACAUACAAGGAAAAUCGGGCUCUUUUCGUAUCGCUCACUGUCAUUGACGCCGUAACAAUUGCAGUGGGAGUGGUUAUGAUGUUGUAUGAGCUAGCAUUACAGUCCUUCUAUCUACUUUCAACUUCACAAUGUUUGGUGUCCUUACGAAAAUGCAACCUCCCAUUUAAAGAAAAAGUGCGACUGUACACAUAUCUCCAACUGGCGAACCGACUUCAUGAGGGUUGUUUCCGGAUGCGUAUUCCGCACUUAACUUUUACCUUGUCGCUGUGUGCCAUAGUCGGAUAUAUUGGAAUGAUUCAUUUCCAUUCAACUUUUGGACUGUUUGAUUUGGGAGGAAUGUUCUGCUUUGCGAUGGGUGGCAGUGUAAUAAUGAUGGGCAUUUUGCAUUGCUUUGGCUAUAUCGUGAGCGGGUGUAAGAAACUAAUUCGGAGCUUAAAAGAACAUGGGGACAAAAAGAACAAGGUGGAAAGAAGGGUAAUAAAGGUUUUACAUACAUUUGGCAUUAGGGACGGUCCUAUCAGGAUUAUGACCUAUGACGGAAUGUAUCACAUGGCAGGGGGCACGAUCAACAUGCUAGUGACAAUCUUGGUGUUACUGGGACAUACUUAAAUUUCAAUGUCAAUUGCAAGAUCGUAACUUGAAUUUACUUGCAUCUUACUUACUUCUUGUGCAUAACACUUUUUAUUUCAAACAUACGUAUGUACACACAUGCAUAAAGGAUGAGCCGUUCUCUUAAUAGUUAUUGCAUAGCUUAUCCUUAGAUUUAUUAAUGCAAAUAUGUAUGUACGGUAUAAUCUCGAUGUAAUAAAUAUGCAGAAUACUACUAAUUUUAAGCAAUAUUGUGGUUCUUGUGUACAUACAUGCCUUGCUAUUAAACAUUGUUCUUCAUCAUUUAUCAAGAGGUUGAUAUUGUUUUAUGUAUUGCGUGUUGUACGCAAUCAUAAUACAAUAAUCAGGUCGGGGUACGGCAAAUACUUGCAUCAACUCAUCGGGACAAUACCAUGGCUAGAGAGACACUGGCGGAUAUGGGCUCAUUGACAAAAGCAACUAUUCAAUCAAUAUGUAUUUGACAAUGUUUAUAAUUUAUGUACGAAAAUAACCAUAAUCUAAGGAUAUCGUGACACAAAGAACAAUAACUGGUCCAAAAUAGAAAUAUAUGUACACAACUGCCCACAUUAGUCCAAACAUUGGUCUAAAUGAUUUGAUGAGUAUUCCGUACGGUACAUAUUGGCAUUCCUCUCUCUCUAAUGUAAUCUAGUUGCGAAAUUGUCAGACAUUAUUGAAAUUAAAAAGAAUAGUAUAAAAGCCACCGAUUUUCACAAGCUGGACGCUGAAAUCAGAGUGCAGAUCUUGGAAGCAUUACUACUUGUCUAACUCGAGCUCAUAAAUCUUUCCCAUAUUAAAAUGGCUGAAGAAAUUCGUCUUAUCUACUUCGACAUCAGGGGUCUCGUGGAGCCCCUCCGCUGGAUGUUCAAGUUAUCGGACACGCCGUUCACGGACGAACGCAUUCCACUAGAUGCCUUCUCAGGAUCAGGAAAGAGGAAUUCUUUGGAAGACAUAAUGAAACGGAGGCGAUCUAUUGAAAAGAAAGCUGGAGGACGAUCCAGAUUCAUUGCGCAGUUUCCCAUUCUAAUGGUCGGAGAUGAAUUUGUGAUUACGCAACCCUUGACGGUUAUGAGGUACGUGGCGAGACGGUAUGGCUUCAAUGGCACCAAUGAAUUGGAGGAAGCUCGUUCGGACGAAAUUGCAGAUUUGGUGUAUGACAUCCGUCUGCGAGCGACGGAUUAUGAGGGUAAAUGCUUCAAAUCUGCAACACCGGAUAUCCUGAGACAUACAGUAUUUCGUGACUUUCGCAAUGAACCUGACGGGCCGAAAAAGGAGAAGAUGAGGGACGAGCUUCGAAACAUGUGGUUUCCGCUUUACUUCCAAAAAUUUACCGACAUUUACAACGCAAGUUCAGGUGAAUGGGUGACUGGCGAUUCCUUAACUUAUGGAGACCUUAUCCUAGCUAACUUUCUCGAUAUUGCUGAGGACUUGGUGGACCCCACUUGUCUGGAUGAGUUUCCGAAAUUGAAGGAACUCAAAGACAAAGUUUUAGCCCUGCCGGCAAUUAUGGAGUGGAAAAGAACUCAAGCAUUGGAAAAGGUCGAGUCUUCAACUGGCGAAUAAUAAAGGGCAAAAUUAAUUGCAAUUUAAGGUUCAUGUCGUUGUAUACGGUGUAGAAAUAUGUGCAUAUCGUUGUAUGUGUUGCGAUUAAAAUCUCUGUAUUCGAUUCAAUAAAUAUAUAUUAAGUAGUAUUCUAAAUCAGGAAG